AAGAGGAAUUUGUCGAUUUUUGGGUGACGAUAUUCUAUAAGCACGAGGGCUAUCUGUUACAUGGUCAUGUCCACCCGGCACACAACCCAAAGGCCUGUGAGCAUGUACACGUGUGGCAAAUUACCGUGGAUUCUUACAAUGAGACCGCAGAGUUAAUGUUCACUCAGGAAGAUAGAAACCAUGACGGUCUCCUCUCCACAAAUGAAACUAUAGAAGCAUUCUUCAAAUUUGACUUCAACGGAGAUUCCAGGAUACAAAGAAAUGAGUACACGUGCUUCCAGAUUUCCGACCAUCCAGAAAUUGGAAAUUUCGCUAACGCUGUCUUCGACGAGUAUGACCACAACAACGACAGCAUGUUGGAAGAUUCGGAUUUGCUGCAUUUCUACCACUCGAUGGACAUCAAUGGUGACUCGCUGGUGGAGAAACAAGAAUUCGUUGAUUCAUGGAUUAAGAUAUUCAAAAGGCACGAACACUACCUCUUACAUGGUCAUGUACAUCCAGAGCACAAUCCACAUGCCUGUGAGCAACUAGACGUGGGGUAA